AUGAUUAAUGAUGAAGAGGAGGAAAUGAGUCAGAUGGAGAGCACAAAGGUCAGAGAAGAUGGUCAGAAAAGUGACUCUGAUAGACUGAAACUGACGGGAGAGUCUCAAGUCUACACUGCAACCAGAGAAACACUUUUCCCAAAGAAGGCAGCUCACACUAGAGCACAUGCACUGUCUCUAGAGUGGGUCUUCGGGAUGAAUCCUGCUCUUCCUGUCUUCAGUCUGCAAGACCACGAUCAGCUGGUGGUCCUCUAUGCUGGAGCUCAUGUUGGGAUCAUAUACAAUCACACCUCAAACUCUCAGCACAUACUUCAGGGUCACUCCAGCUCCAUUUCAUGCAUGUGUGUGAGUGAAGACAGACGCUGGAUUGCAACAGCAGAUCACGGCCCGGAAAGCACAGUGAUGAUAUGGGAUUCCUACUCUGGUAUUCCUGUGCACACAUUGUUCGAUUGCCACCCUGAGGGGGGUGUCAUUGUGAUGGCAUUUUCAAAGGACACAAAAUAUCUGGUAUCCAUCGGGGGUGGAGAAGUUCAACAUGUGAGUGUUUGGGAUUGGACAAACGACACAGAAAAGCCUUUGUGGUUUACUGAACUCAAUCCUGAACAUGGUUUUCAAGAUUAUAUCAUUUUUAAUCAAAAUGAUAGCACGCAGCUGCUCAGCAACAGUAAAAGCCAAGUUUUACUUUACAGCACCGCCCAGGGAAGUUUGCAGUACUUUCCCCUGAAGAUUAACAAGUUCUAUAACACAGCCCCCUCUGGAAUUAGUGCAGCUGAAUUACCUCGCCCUUCUCCUGGCCAUUCUCACACUGCCGACAUAGGUGGCGGGUCAUUCAGCCAGUCCGUUUUUCACUGGAAAGAGCCUGAGGUCCUAACAGCCACCGCAGCAGGUGGCAUUGUGGUGUGGCAAUUGAUGAAAGACUUGGCUGCGAACAAAAGCCUGACCAAAGAUAAAGUCCAGGUCAUUUCCCUCCAGGAAGAACCAAUCACUGUGCUCACCGUAACUGACAGCUGUAUCGUAACUGGCGACACCCGAGGACAUAUCAACUUUUACGACGGAAACUUCAUGCUUCUGACUUGGUACAGAGAUUUCAACCUUGAUGCUAUUGUUUCCAUUUCCUUUUCCAAAGAGUGCACAGAAGGAUAUCUGGAGGAUUGUACUGUCGAGGAAAAACCAUCAAUUAUCAGGAACUUUGUUGUGUCAACAGCCAGCUCCACAGUAGUACAUGUAAAUGCUCAGAAAGGUGUCCCUCAGAUCCUGAUGUGUGAGAAUUGUGAGCCUCUACAUGCAGUGGCCUGCCACCCCAAAAAGCCAGAUGUGGUCAUGGGAAAUCAAAGUGGCAUUUUAAAAGUGUGGGACUAUAACCAAAAACUGACCAUCUGCAGCAGAGCCUUUGAAACAGAGAAACAGAUUCAGUGUGUCACGUUUGACCCUCAAGGUCUGUACCUGGCUGUCGGCUUUGGCAGUGGAGCUGUUCACAUACUGGAUUCAACAACUUUACAAAGUCAUCCAGAAGAAUGUUUCCAUUACACUAAAGACGCCAUCCAACACAUCACUUUCUCCUCAGACUCAAACUAUCUCGCUACUGCGGAUGCCGGAAAAGCAGUGACGGUGUUCCGCUUGCAGACUAAUGAGGACUCAUUGCCUCGUUGGACAUAUCUGGGCAGGUACCGCUCCCACUACAAACCCAUCAAAGACCUUCUUUUCGGGGUGCACUUGGACAGCACCCAACCCAGACUUCUUUCUCUGGGCAUGGACCGCCGACUGGUGGAGUAUGACCUGGAAAAGAGUGAAGUUAACCAGCUCCUCAUUUUAAGUUCGGAGCGUGUUGAGCAAAGCGCUGUGCCAACGUGCAUGGCCUGGUAUCCACCCCUCACUGCAGAGCAAUUUCUUCUCAUUGCGUCAGAUCAAUACAAGAUGAAACUUUUAAACAGCACUACCAAGAUGUGCAGAAAGACUCUCCUUGGCCCAACAUAUGGAACUCCCAUUAAGAAAGUAGCGGUUCUUCCUGUUUCUGAAGACCGUGAGACAAGCUCGUAUUACAUGGCGUUUAUCACAGACGACAAGGUGGGCCUCCAGAUUCUGCCUCUGGAUGGGAACCCUUACAAGUCCAACGCUUUGAUCUGCCAUCCGUACGGGGUGUCUGCGUUUGCCUGCUCCUAUGACGGCCAAUUUGUUUUUACGGCAGGUGGAUCUGACUGCACUGUCCUGUCAUGGGAAACAAGCUUCAAUGCGUUGGAGGCAGUGGCAUCCUUGGGAGGAAAGGACAUGGCACCCUUUUACACUCUUUUAGAGGAAGGCAGAGAUGGCAAGUUCUACAGAGAGAUGGAGGACUUCUUCUAUUACUGCCAGAUCCGUCAUCAAGGCAUCGACUCAAUGGAGAAACGACAAGUGUCUACCAAAAUUCCUCUAACAGAGGUUCCCUCCUUCAUGAGGGCGUUGGCUUACUUCCCUACUGAACAAGAAAUUGAAGACAUGCAAAAUGAGGUCAAGUUCAGCAAAUACGCUGAAACAGGAAAAUAUGUGACUGACAUUGACCUGGAGGAGUUUAUCAGGCUGUAUGUCAACCACCGGCCAGCCUUCGGAAUCUCCAGCUAUGAGCUUAGGCAAGCUUUUCACGUCCUCUGUGACCGCAAUAAUUCACGUCAGCACGUUCUGCAGAGACAUGAGCUGCUGGAGCUUCUACAGGUUCGAGGGGAACCCAUGACAGAGGAUGAAGUGGCCGAAUGCUUCACUUCACUUCUUGGCCUCAGCGAAGCAAAAGAAGAAAGGGAAAGUUCUGACAUCUAUAAAACUGAAAGUUCGGAAUAUUCUCUAGAGAGUGCGAUCCCAGAUGAGAUCUCAGUGGAGACAUUUACAGGUUACAUCCUGGGCUUUCCAUUGUCAGCACAGCAGGGCGGCAGGUCCUCCUCUCCAGAGUGA